AUGUAUAUUUCCGAUCCAAUUUUAAUUAUUAUUGGUACAUUUGUACUUCAUCAAUUGAUUUUCUGGCUAACUAAUGGUAUUAUAUUACUUUUAACGUAUGUACUUUUUCCAACACGUUCAAUGAAAUAUAAAAUUCAAAAGAACAUUCAUGUAGAAGCAAAAUUAAUUAAACAAUGCGCAAGAUCAGUAUUUAUCAAUCAACUAUUCCUUUUGUUUCCUUUUCUUAUAUUCAUUUGUCCAUUAUUUAUGCAUUUGGGUUUACGAUGGCACCUACCAUUUCCUCCAUGGCAUCGAAUUGCAUUUGAACUCGUUAGUUUUAUUGGUGUAACGGAGAUCUUCUUCUUUUAUAGUCAUCGUUUGCUUCAUGUGUCAUUUCUAUAUGAAUAUAUACAUAAACAGCAUCAUCAAUUUCGAGCGCCAAUUGGUAUGGCAUGUGAAUAUGCGCAUCCUAUUGAGUUUCUUGUAUCCAAUAUUGGUCCUGUUGUUAUUGGCCCAUUAAUAUUUCGAUCACAUUUGUUAACCACAUGGCUUUGGCUUUUGUUUGCACUUUUGGGUACCAUCAAUCAUCAUUCUGGAUACAAGCUACCCGGAAUAUUAGGAAAUGGUCUGGCUAAUCCGACAUUCCAUGAUUUUCAUCAUGCACAAUUUACAAAUAAUUUUGGAUUGUUGGGUAUCCUAGAUCGACUUCAUGGUACUGAUAAAGCGUGGCGUACCAAACAACUCAAAGAGCAACAAAACGACAAUGGAGAAGAAAACAAAAGGGGAAGAAAAAAACAUGCAUAA